GUGGGUGGGGCGGUCAGUGGCCCCAUCGGGGACCGCGGGAAGCCCCACCUGUUUCUUUUUUCUUUUUCCACUUCAGACUGGGGCUCCCUUCUGGGCCACACCUCCUUUUUGUCGAAGUUAAUCCCAGGGGAUUUCUUAGAGGGGAGGAGGGGAAAAAGCAGCAGGGCAGCCAGUCACUCGGCCAGCUAAUCCUGCCAAAUCCAGCCUUCUGCACAGAACGCGCAGUUUGGCGAGUGCCCGGCGUGAAUUCCCGUGGCCUGCGCCGCACGCGGGGCUGCCCCGGCGCCCGCCCGCUGCCUCCGCCCGCGCCUGGAGUGUUGGAAACCCCCGCCGCUACUCCUAAACCCCGCUGGGAUUCUGUCGGCAUUUUGCAGCUUCGUACUUUUCUUAGCGAAGUGAAAAAAGAUAGUCUUUGGUUUCCGGCAAGGCGGAGGCUACUGGGAGAAUCUGCUCUAUUUUAAAAUGUAUUUUUCGGGAGGUGGGGGCGAGCGGUGAGUGGAAGUGGGAGAAAACUGCUCUAGAUACACGCCCGCGUUGGUCCUGAGCCUCCGGGGACCUCGGGCCCGGACGGUGCAGCGUGGGGCGCCCGACUCGCGUGUAGAGUUCUAGAGGAAGAGGGAGAGCGCGCGAGGAGCCUCCUUGGAGCACCCCGUCCUGGAGAGGGGCUGCUUUCCCCUGUCCCACUCGCCCCCGCCGGCCUCUCUGGCCCCCGCCGCUCGAAGCUGAGUGGGGCGGGGCGCCGGCAUGGGGCUGCUGUCGGGGGACUGCCAGGACGGGGGCGGGGGCCACGGCCACGGGGAGCAGCCGGUCAGCCCGGGCUGCGUUGCGGAAGAGGAGUCCUUCUCGCCCCUGAAAGUCGGACAGGAGAAGGAGGACGAGGGGGCGGAAGAAGACUGCGAGGAGUAUGUGGACUUUUCUUUGCUGCCGGACACUCGCAGCAUAGCCUCAGACGAUUCUUUUUAUCCGGCCGACCAGGAGGACGGCUGGCUGGAGCAGGACGAGCCCGAGUCCUGGGGCAGCUCGGAGGCGGAGGACGACGCGGAACUGGGGGCCGUGCCGGAGGCCGUGUCCCUCUUCCGUGCGGCCAGCACCAACAACGUGGGGCUGCUGAGAGCACUCAUCAGUAAGGGACCCAGGGCUGAGGAGGUGCUGGAGACUGACCGCAACAGCCGGACUGGCCUUAUUGUUGCCUGCUACCAAGGAUUUGUGGAUGUCGUAGUAGCCUUAGCAGAGUGCCCUCAUAUUGAUGUAAACUGGCAGGAUAAUGAGGGGAACACAGCACUAAUUACAGCCGCACAGGCAGGGCACAUAACCAUCACCAACUACUUGCUGAACUAUUUUCCUGGUCUUGACCUUGAAAGAAGGAAUAUAUUUGGGUACACAGCACUGAUGAAAGCUGCCAUGCAAGGUCGAAUUGAAUGCAUCCGAGCUUUAAUGUUGGCAGGAGCAGAUGUCCAUGCAACUGAUCCCAGCAAAAGGAUGACUGCACAGGAAUGGGCAUCUUACACAGGAAGGUUUGAGGCUGUCUGCGUCAUCCAGAGAUUAUUGGACAGGCCCUGUCCUCAGCAGUUCAGUGAACAGUACAAGCUAGACUGGCCCAUAGGAAAGGAUGUUCUUGUCAAACCAGCUGAACCCAAGAGCUGUUUACAGAGACUUAAUGAGUGCUUUCGGUCAAUCUUGUCUUCCCGCUAUGUUCAAGGCCCUGAAGAUGGUGGGGUCCUCGACCACAUGGUUCGAAUGACCACGAGUCUCCACAGCCCAGCCGUGGCAAUCGCCUGCAAGACUGUGUGCCCCGAGAGCCCUCCCUGCAUCGGGAAGAGGCGCCUUGCGGUGCAGGAGAUCCUCCAGCACCAGAACAUCGGCGAGGUCCAUAGUCAUGAGAGGGGUAGCACCCCUGAGAAGCUUUCUCAGAACUCCCCAGUUGAGGAGGCACCCCCAAAGACAGACAGGAGAGGGAGUCUCCAGCCCUCUCCCUCUACAGCCCCCCGGGGGGGGUCGGUGGCCCCUCGGAAGGCCAGCCUCUUACCCCUGCAUUUGUUGAGGAGGAGCAGCGUGAGGCCGGGCUUUGUCAUUCCCAAAGUCCGCAUCAACAAGGCCCCCACUCCCACGUUUCAGCCAGAAAGAGUGAAGAAGAAGAGUGGAGUAAAAGAUAACACCCAUUUGCAGAUCCCCAAGUGGCGAUACAAGGAAGCCAAGGAGGAGAGGAGAAAAGCAGAGCAGGCGGAAAAGAAGAAGACGACUGAGGGCGUUCCAAAAGAGAGGCGAGUCUCUCCCUGGAGGAACAGGACUUGAAGCCAGGUGGAAUUCUCGUCUGGGAUCGGCAGGCUCGUUCUGCACAGGCAGUGGCCCCGCGGCGCCGAGUGUUCCUGGGGUCAUGCCGAGGAGGCACGGAGGGCGAUGAACACAAGGGUUGGGGGGGCUCGCCUCAGGCGCCCAGGCCUGUUGGGUGAAAAGGUGACGUUUCUUUUGCUGCUAUGUCUAACUCAGGGCUCUAAGGUUCCUCUAUUGCCUAUCUGCUCCUUUUUCACAGAAAUUGUCACGCAGUGGAGAAUUGUUAAUUGAUGCUGCUAAUUCGGGAGCUAGGCAGUGAUUCAGGUACUAGGUUACUCUACCUGGUAGAAAACAGAACCACCUGUAACUUCUCCCCCAUCCUCCAAGGGAAGGUGGAUGGGAUGGCUUGUGCUGGUUUCUCUUGCACCCCAAACAUUCUCUUCUUUGGGGUCCUUGGUAUUCUUUUGAACUAGGUUUCAUCACUUUAAAAAGUCAGGGAAACAGUCACUUUAAAAAGUCAGGAAAACAACUCCCUUUGACAUGGCCUGUACCCUGUGGAAGAAUGCGUAGCACUAUUCAUGUCUCAAAGCCAAUAAGAAGGGGUAAUGGACCAUGGAAAUACUGGAAUAUUUUAAUGCACACACUAUUGGCAACACUCUGAUCCUGUAGAAUAGCAUCGAAGACACUAUUUCUAAAAUAAUUGUCCUCUGCCCUAUUUGUCCCUUACUCAAAGACAAUGCAAUUAAAGUGCCUAACACAGUACCCUGGACACACUAGAGACAAUAAAUGUUUUUGAAAUUGAAAUUUAAUUGAAUCACAUCCAUCUUGAAUGCGAUAUUAGAACUUCACCAUACAGAUGUUAUCUUUGCCAGUCAGCAUUGUCAGGGGAAAGGUCUAUCUAUAAGUUAUUUUAGAUAAGUGUUUCUCAAAAUAUGGACUUCUUACCCCAGCCAUUUUAUAUGUGAUUAAAAAGAAAAAAGCCAAAUCCAACCUGGAUUGUUAGAGAGAUUCCUAGUAAGAUCAUUUCUCUUUUACAUGUGGAUUUAUUCACUUAUUAAAACCAGUCAAACAAAAUUUUCAUAAAAAAGAUUUACAAGCCUUCAUAGAAUUGUUACGUAUAGAAUUAGGGCCACAAUAUGAGUAGAUAAUGAAUAAUUUUCAUUCUCUAAAAAGUGGAAUCAAGAGUCUUAAGUGGAAGCGUAUUGCUAUAACAAAAGUGUGUGGUGGUUAGGACUUUCUCUUUAUUUUCUUCUUCUUCUGUCUCUCUCAUUCUUUGCACUGUGAAGUCAGGGGCCAGAAUGUAUAUAAAUAGUUUCAUUAUCAAACUUAGGAGGUAAGAGUCUGUUCCCUCCAUUUUUGUGCUAAAAAGACAAAAAUGUAUUGACAGGUUAAACAACUUUACUGGAGAGUUAGCAACUCGGCUUCUCACUCUUCUACAGCUGUCAUCCACCCCAGAGCAAUAAUAAUAUAAAACAAAUUUGAUAUUCCAAGUUCUUGCUGGUUCUUAAUGAGGUUAGAGAUUGGGGAAGGAGGUUCUGAAUGUUUGAUGGACAAUCAUGAUUUUAAAUCAGCGAUAGGUCAUUGGUAUUGUAAUAUUACUUCCUAUGUCCUUCAAAGUUGGUAUUGAUUUAAUACUGCAUGGAUUUCCCGGUAUUUAUUAGACAUGCCCUGCUCUGGUGCUAUUCGAUCAUUUCUCUUGUCAUAUUCCUUUCAUAGUUCAAAACUCUACUAGAUUAUUGAUGCAACUGAACUCCACAUUUUACUGAAUUUGUAUUAGGAAGUGGGAGCUUAGAAUAUUUUUACUACAGGCAAAAGACAUUUUGGGGUCCACAUACUGAAUGGGCAAAUGGUACAGAGAACGCUUAUGAUGUCUUAGAUAUUUCUUCUGAACUGUCAAGCCCACAUGUUUUGACCAAGUAAACAUGCUCUUGGCAAAUCAGAGGCAAUAUUUGUAACUUUUCCUGUUGGAAAAAACAAAAUAAUUGGUCAAAGAAAUACAGUAGAAAAGGCAUAAUGCGUAUCAUAAUUGUGUGUUGGCAAGGGACAGAGAAGUCAUUACUGUCUGCAUUUGUAUGUGUGUGCAUGCUUAUACAUGUGUAUGGGCACAUUAUUUGGAAAACAGAAAACGAACAAAACAAGUAAAUGUUUAGUACUAGAUUGGUGUAUGUUUGCUUAUCCAACUUUAUUAUUACUUAACUCCUCACAACCUGGAUUCUGAAGGGAACCUUAUUUUUUCACUUUUUCCCUCAUGGAUAGCUUAUUUUAGAUCUUUUUCUUCCUGCAUAAGCAGAUUUACAAACACAGCAAUUUUACGAGGCAAGGAAAUUGUCUUCCAGGUUCAUCUCCUUGCUGUAUCAGGAUGUGAAUGCUCUUGUUUUCUAAUCCAACCACAGAAUGGGAAAGGGAAUAAUCUUAUACUUUCAAAUAAUGUUCUAUCUCUUUUAUUUCCCCGGAAUUUCAGUUUUCCUAUUUACUCUUAUACAAGGGAAUUUUUUUUUUUUCCUACACAGGACUUAAAGAUCAUUAUACCAUUCACAUACUAGAGACCACACAGACUGCCCAUUCAAUACUUGACAAUGUCAAGCAAAACAGGUUGAUGACAACUAAAGAAAAAUAUAGAUAUGCUUAUUCAUUCUCGGCUUUUUCAGUGAACUAGCUUAGCCACACUGAUGGGGGAAACAAGGGACAGUGAAAUAAAGAUUUCCAACAGGGGAAGCAUUGACAAAGGAUACCUUAGGCAAGAUAAUUUUGUUGUCUCCUCCUUAUCUCUUUUUUAAAAAACAAAUUUUAUUAGAGCAGAAAUUGGCUCCUUUUUCCCUACAGGAAAAGAGAAUCAUGGAACUUACUCUAAAUAUAUCAGUUAGGUAUAAAUUUGUCACGUGUUGGGUUUGUUUGUUUUUCCCAGGUGGCUAUAUUUGCUAAAGUUCAAUAACUUGUUCUCACAGAACUUUUAUUUUCCUACCACACAUCCUACCACAUUGCCUUUUGGGGCUGAAAAUGGAAAAUGGAAGAAUAAGUCUGACUGUUCAGCAUUUGACAUUUGACACCUGCACUUCAUAACUCUACUUUCUUAAACCCUUUGCUGACUGCUUCACCCCCAUCCCUAUCAAAAUUCCUUGCAGAAUUCCUAGCAUCAAUUACUCUGGAGGCAAAAAAAGGGCAUAAAAAUGAGAUGAAAGCAGUAUGGUAACCCCCUGCUUUGGCAGUACCAAGUGACAAUCUUUAGACUGCAUGAAAUGAAAGGGAAAACUGAUUCCACCCAUUUCUGUGAGUUUGACCAAAUUUUUUACAAUUUUCUUUUUGUAAAUAGGAAAGUAAAGUGUACUGAAAAAACGUGUCCAGAUUGAACAAGGGCAUAAGAAUUACACCUUACUUCUUAAAUCUUGAGUUAACUGUUCAACAAAUUUAUUUCUCUAUAUCUAUUUCCCUUUCAGCACCACUCCCUCCCUUUUGCACUUGUGGCACACGUGAUUAGAGAUUAUUUUCAUUUUCCUUAAUUCCUUAAGGGUAUUAUAGUUAAACUAAAAAUAAAAUAGAUAAGGCAGUUGCAUAGCUCAUCUUUUCAAACCUCAAUCAAUGCCCUGCCCACUAGAGAUAUUUUCUUUUCUCCUUUCCCUUCCCCUUCCAAUUCCUGGGAAUUACCUUUCAUUUCUUUAUCAUAAGCAGUCCAGAUCUGUGUUAACCGAGAUAUUUAAGAGAAUGUUGCUUUUUUGGUUUAUGAAGUCAAUCAUUGAUAUUUCAAUAAUUUCUUGUGACUAUAAAUAUAUUGAAUUAAAUCAAUUCUUCCAUAAAAGCAAAACAUAUCUGUUUGAUAGAAAUUUUCAAACAAAGCCAAAUGGGCUUAGAGUUUAAACACGUUUUUCACAAUUUUAGUGGAUUUCUUUAGUUCUCAAACACUGAGGGUUAAAACAUACACUUCUGUGUUUUCUACCUCUUAAUGUGAAUGAAAUGUCCCUGCAUUGAGGUCACUAGGGGAAAAAGGAGCCAGUAGGAAGUGAAUCCAGGAUCCAUUGGACUUCCAAAAACAUAAGCACUUUAGUUGGCUACCAGAGCAAGGCAUACAGAAGACUUUGAAACAUUAAACUAUAUUUGAAGGUUUUUUUUUCUCUUCGAAGUUUCUUAUAGCAAUUUCCUGGCAGCACUACAUUAUAUACCUCAAGAAUGUGAUGACCUGCAUGUAUUCUAGAAGUUCUUUGGUUUGGGCAAGAGUGACAUUUUAGCCUGUUUGAUGAAAUACUUAAGUAUCAUGGAAAAUGCAAAUACUGAAGUAGUUUGGUGCCACUCCUGUCCUUGUUUCUAGGUUUUAUAAGACUUUCUCUAGUCAGAAAUGGGAAUGCUUUAUAAUCAAAAUUUUCCCCAAAUUUAGGUCCACCAUAUGGGGACAGAUUCAGGUGCUACCUUGUUCAUUUGCAAAUUUCUUGAACCACCAAGAUAGUAGGUAGAAAUAAGUUAAUAUGAAGAAGUCACCUUGAGAUUUUUUUUUUUUUUUUUACUAAAAUCAAUAGGAAAUUUUUUCUGUUGGCACAUUGACAAGAAUAUUGAAUCCACAGGACAUCAAACUUAAGUAUGAAAGUAAGAGAGGUGAUAACUUUUCACAGUUUGAUUUGGUGCCUAUAAUAUUUGAAAAGAAAAACUCAUAAAUUGGGUUUGGCUCAUUCAUUUCUCCAGCUUUAUCCAUUUAUUCUACUCCAAUGUAUAGUCUUUACUAUUCAACAUCGAUAAAAUAUAAUAUACUUAAAAUCCUUUAUAAUUCUUGCAUAUGGCCAACAAUUGUUUAGUGUUGAUGUAUUGCUAACACAGUAUUAUGGAAAUUACAAAACCAAAGACUUAACUCAGGCCUAUUUUCCCAUUGUAAAGUAUUAUUUCAAUAUUGAACAAGUGGUUUGAUACUUCACAAAAAUCAUAAUUCUAUCUCAAGGUGGUAAUGAAUUUUGCUAUGCUAUGUAACUUAUAUCUGGCCCUGACUCUUAGAUGUUGAACAGGGUGAGCCUUGAUUUCCAUAUCUUUAAAAUAGGAGGUUGGAGUAGAUAAGUCUCCAAAUUCCAUUCCAUUGAUAAUAUUUAAUUGAUUAUAUAAAUUUUUUAUGGUUAUGUGUGGACAGUCUUAGCACAGGCCACUUCAGCUAUGCAAGUCAUCAACUUCUCAAGAUUACCAAUCUUCAGAUCUAGGAAGACCCCUAGAUUAACCACAUUAAAAAGAAAAAAAAACACAUUAAAAGAAAUGCAGUUGCUUUAAAAGUCAUUGAUUGCAAAAUUGGUUUAGCCAUAAAAACAACAGGGAUAUUUUAGCUAAGAUGGUUCCCCAAUGAUGAUUUUUUUAUCUCUGAAAUAACUUGUUUAAAGUGUUGAUUAUGCUAUUUCUUCCUUUUUUUGAUUUUUUUUUUUUUUUGGAUGCACUAAGUACUUGGUUCAAAGGGGUUUAUGUACAUCAGUAAGCCACCAACAUGAAAUCACUUUUUUUCCUACUUUGAUGCUUUUCAUGCACAUUAAUGGUAAAGAACAGAAAAGGAACACUGAGGGUUGAAAGGAUAAAUUUUGAAAAGACAAACAAUAUGGAUUUGUUUGAUUUCUUUUUUUUUAACUCAGAUUGACAGCAGUGUUAUAACUUAUUUCCUCAAUGGAUCUGGGCCUAAAACAGCCUUUAAGGAAAAACAGUGGUAUUUGAGUGUCUAUGACUUGUUAAAUAAAAUUGAACAGGUAGGAUAUGAACACAUUAGAAGUAUAUUAAUAAAAAAUAUAUAUUAUUAUGGUUGAAAAUGUGACAGUGACUUCUCUGGACUCCCUAAAUGUAGUUUGUAGCUUGUCUGUGUAGUUGGGGGAAGGUGGGGAGGGGAUAGUACCCUGAGGCAAAAGCAGCAUACUAUGUGGAAAGAAGACUGAAUGUGGAACUUAAAAAGCUAGAUUCUAAUCGGGACUCACAAAGUCUGACUGGGAGUACAUGUUCUUAUUUUUACUGGCUUCAGAUAAUUCUUUUAGGAGGUUGGCAACAUUUGAAAUUUAAAAUCACUUCUCUACUCUAAAUGAUUUGAAAAGACAUCCAUCCCUCCAUGUCGAGUUAAACCCUAUGGCCACUUUGUGAAGAUUGGUGAUAUUUGCCAUACUAAGAUAGACCAUUGGACUCUAUAGGAGAUAUGAUUUCUAAUUUUAGUUCUAUCAUUAAGUCUGUGUGACCUUGGGAAAGAACCUUCUUUCCUCUGGACAUCAUUUUCCUUAUCUACUUUAAUUAAAUAAAGAAGUUCUAACUGACCCUAACAAUUUUUCCUUUAAAAUUUACUUUGUAUACCAGCACAAGAUUCUAGUAGGAAUUUAUCUUUUAGGAAACCCACUUCUCUUUCCCCCUUCCUCCCCAUCUUUUUAGCUAUUAGAUCCACAGUAGUGAUGUUACAUUGAUCUAUAAAGGCUAUGUAGAUUUCUAAAAGAUUAAGGGAGAUAUUUGAUCUAAAGUAUGAGUGUAACUUGCUAGCUUUUAAGAAGAUUCAGAGAAAAAAGAUACAUGAAAAUGAUACAGUAACAGUUACAAUAGCAUCUUCUGAUGCUAUUAUUUCCAAGAAGUCCCAAUUGGAUAAGUUCUUGUGAAUAUACAGAGUUAAGGCUAAGUCUUAGAUAUACACUGAGUAAAACAGAAGAAGAAGAAAUUAUAAUCUCAGGUAAAUCAUCCCUUUGAGAGGACAGUUGAGGGAAGAGUUAAGUUUCAGUCUAUUUGUGACCCCAUUUGGGGUUUUCUUGGUAAAAGAUACUGCAGUGUUUUGCCACUUUCUUUUCCAGUUCAUUUUAUAGAUAGGGAACUGAUGUAAACAGGACUAAGUGUCAGGCCCAGGGUCACACAGCUAGUAAGUGCCAGAUUUAAACUCGGGUUUUCUUGAUUUCAGUGAUCCAUCUAUUGGGUCACCUAGCUGCCCCAAUAGGGAAUAUGAAAGAAUAAUAAAAACACAUUUCACUGGAAUACUAUCAACUAUAUAAAAAUACCUACAUGUAGUUUUUAAGUAAUUUGUUCUUAAGAACUACUAUAAAGUAGAUUAAGAAUUUAACUUGCCCUUUUAUGACCACAAUGUACAUUUUGAAAAAUCCUGCUAUGUCAAUAUAAAAACAUUUUCAAAUAAGCUUUUCUUUAUGGUACAGGUCUCGUUAAAAUGAUGUUGAAUAUGGCUGUAAUUAUCGUGAUGUCGAAAUUUUUUAUUUCAAGGUUAUGCCUUUAUCAGCUACAGCUGAAAGCAUUUGUAUUAUUUGGGUUAAAAGCACAUCUGGGGACAUAAAUUGAAGAGAUACUGUCUUUGAUGUCUGGAUUAUUAAAAAAAAAAGUUUACUCAAAUAUGUGGAACUCAAAUGAUUGGAAAUAUUUUUUCUCAAUGCCAACCAAAUUAUUACCUCAUAUUCAAAUGAAAUCAAGGUGAUAUCAAGUUACUGUUGAAAGGAAUAGAAAAGUAUGCAUGGAUAGAGGAUAAAAAAUGAAGUAUAAAACUUCUGAAUGUACAAUAGUAAUGCUUGAAGAAAACUCAACAUUUUAACUUGAAGAUUGUAAAAACCUGAUUUUUAAAAAAUCUUAAAUUAUAUUAAUUUAAUUCAAGUAAUUAUGAGAUUUCUUAGUAACUAUUUGAUUUUGUUUUCAAAAGGCAUUUAUAUUCUUAAUUUAACAAGAGUUUUUGUUACUUUUGAUUGAAUUAGCUGUCUUGUACUUUUUGGUUUUUUUCCCUUUUAUAGAUCUUACUGUGACCUUCUUAAAGCCCUGAAGUCUAAUGUAUAGAAAAAUGUUAAUUUUGGUAUUGUAUUGUUCAGGAGGACCCUUGAAUAAAAAAUAAAACAUGA